AUGAGUGUGCACGGGCGGCCGCCCUGUCCUCACGUGCCGGGGACGCGAUGCGCGGGAAACCCUGCAGUAUGUUCAUACCGGAGAGCCUUGUUCCCCGCCAGUAUCGCCGGAAGGCCUCCAGGCAGGCGACGGCGCGCUGCUGGGAGGGCCAGUGCCAUCGAUGUACAAUGCCGCCGCAAGAGGUACAAGGACCACCCGUCGGCGAUCGUUGAGGACGUGAUUCCAGAUGUAGUAGCGCUUCCGCCGGUGCGGAGCCCGGAGGAGUACGUCGAGUGGCUGUGCGAGCCCAAGUCGUCCGGGCACUGCCCACGGCUGCUGCUGGCCCCGAUGGAGUCGCUCGGCGACUAUCUCUACAGGCGCGCGAUCGCAUUCAGUGUAGGAGGCUUCGACGAGGCCAUGACGGAAUUCAUCCGCGUCCCGGUCUCGUCCGACAACCUCGCCCGGCAGGCCCGCGGGCUCGGCAGGAAGUAUCACGCCGGCGAGCUGGCGCCCACGCCCCUGGCCGUGCAAGUCAUGGGCUCGAGCCCCGACGCCCUGCGCGCCGUCGCCGCGGAGAUGGUCCACCGCCGAGGCGCGCCGCACCUCAACCUGAACUGCGGCUGCCCCGCGUCGUGCGUCACCGGCAAGGGCGCGGGCUCCGGGCUCCUGCGAGACCCCGAACACAUGGCGCGAUGCCUGCGCGCGAUGGUCGAGGCAGCCGAGGGCCGCGUUGCCGUGUCGGUGAAGAUGCGCAGCGGCUUCAGCGACACGUCGCUGUUCGAGGACAACCUCCUGGCCGCCGAGGCGGCGGGGGCGUCGCACGUGAUCCUCCAUCCGCGCACGAAGGAGCAGGGGUACCGCGGGGGCGCGGACUGGGCGCUCAUUGCACACGCCAAACGGAUACUCCGCGUGCCCGUGGUGGGGAACGGGGACGUCACCACUGCCGCCGCGGCGCGCAAGCUCGUGGAGCAGACGGGCUGCGACGCGGUGAUGGUCGGGCGCGGCGCCGUCCGCGACCCGCUGGUGUUUUGGCGCAUCCGCGCGGCGUUUGGCGGCGCGGAGGGCGGGGUGGCGCUGGGGGGCGACGAGGAGCUGGGGGCGGUGCUGGCGUUCUGGGACGCGUUCGUGGGCGAGAUGCGCGGGCGCAGCGGGCCGCGGCACGACGCGGCGCGGUUCAAGAAGAUCAAGCAGGUGGCGGGGUACCUGUUCACCGCCGCGCCGGCGAUGGAGGGCCAGUUGAAGCCGCUGCUGAGGCUGACUCCGGAGCAGAUCGAGUACGAGGAGUACGCGCAGCGCGUGCGCGCGACGUUGGCGGAGACGUGGGUGCCGGGGGGUGUUGCGGAGGCCACUUCUGCGUCCGCGCCGCACGCGUGA